AUGCCUCCAAGAAUCACUUGGAUUGAAGCAGGCGUAUUUUAUAAAAACACCAAUCUUUUUACACUAACCAUUCCUAAUACUGUUGAAAUUAUUAAUGGCUAUUCUGGUAUUGAUGGCGCCACUUUUGGAAGUACCUUAUCUCAAAUUAUUAUUUCUGAAGAUUCCAUGCUUAAGAAGAUUGAUUCGGCUGCUUUUUAUGGUUCAAAGAUUAAAAGUAUUUUCAUUCCUCAGUAUUUGACAUCAAUGGAUUCUUCACCAUUUUUAUAUUGUAAAUUAGAAAAUAUAAUAAUUGAUUCUCGGAAUCAAGUUCUUAAAACUGACGGCAAAACAAUAUAUAAAGAUGACAAUGCUACAAUUUAUAUUGUUUCUGCAUAUGUUAGUGGUGAAUAUACAGUACCCUCAUUUGUUAAUAAAUUAUUUGGUGCAUGCUUUAGAGGAGUUCCAAUAACCAAUAUUAUUUUUCCUAAUCAUUCAAUCGAAUUGAAUAAUUUCUGCUUUGGUGAAACUAAGAUUGUUAAUUUUGAAUUUCCAUCUGGAAUCACUAAAGUGCCGUCAAGCUUCUUUUCUGAUUGCCACUUAUUAAAAUCAGUUAACCUUUCAGAUAACACUACGUCAAUAGAAUCUUAUGCAUUUAAUUCAUGUUUACGACUUAGCAAUUUAAUAUUACCAUCUAAACUUGAAAGGAUCGGGGAUUAUGCUUUUCAAAUAUGUCCAAAUUUAAAGAAGCUAAUUUUUCCAUCUACUUUGAGGGAGAUUGGGCAAUCUGUUUUCAGGAGUAGUAGUCCUGAAAUCAAUACAGAUAGUAAUAAUAAUUUCUUGUAUGAGAACCAUAUGCUAUUGUCAAACAACAGAACAACUCUAACAGAGUGUUUUGGAACAGACUUAAACACUGUUUUAAUUGUCCCGAUUGAAUGUGUUACAAUAGGAAUAAAUACAUUUUAUAAUAAGGAUAUCAAAAAAGUCACAUUUGCCGGAAAUAAUCUUACUAACAUCCGAGAGAUGGCAUUUAGUCAAUCUAAAAUUGUAGAGAUAUAUUUUCCGUCGAGUCUUCAAACACUCGGUAAUGGAUGCUUCAAGUCAUGUUCGCUCUUGACAACUGCAUCAUUCAGUGGGACAUCAAUCAAAUCGAUUCCUGAUGACUGCUUCCGUGAUUGCACAAAACUCACUGACAUCGUUCUCCCUUCUUCGAUAACAUCGAUCGGAAGUUAUUCCUUCUAUAACUGCGUUUCGAUUGGUGAUAUAGGAAUUCGUGAUACACAAGUAUCGAAGAUCGGAAGAUAUUCAUUCAGUUUUAGUGGACUCAGUACUUUCGAAUCUUCUAAGUGUCUUUCAGAACUACUAUUGAACUCAUUUGAGUCGAGUUCAGUUUCGCGUGUUUCCAUCUGUGCGAAUAACAUCCCAGAUGGAUGUUUCCAUAACUGCACAAAUCUUGCCAGUCUCACUCUGUAUGAAGGCAUCGUCACACUAUCUAUCAUGUGCUUCAAGGGAUGCACGAAACUCGAAUCUUUCACAAUCCCGAGUACAACUACAACAAUCAACUCUUUCGCAUUCCAAGGAUGUUCUUCUCUGAACUCUGUCACACUCAGUCAAGGAAGUGUUCUCAGAGAAGUUUUUGGUGGCGCAUUCACAGAUUGUGAUCUUCUUGAGAGCAUCAUCUGCAACAGUGCUUCACACACGUUCAGGAACGGCGCACUCAUGGAUGCUGACGAAUCUAAUCUCAUCGUUUUCAUCCCAUCAAGCAAGAUCACGACUUUCAUUGUUCCAUCAACGAUGAAAACAAUUGGUCAAUAUGCAUUCAUGGGAAGCAAAAAUCUCAUCCGUGUUAUAUGCAACGGCGACACUCUCACGACUAUCGGUUUCAUGUCGUUCGCUAACUGCGUCAGCCUCUCAUUCCUAUACGUGUCAUCGUCGAGCCUCACCACGAUUGGUGAUCAUGCAUUCGAUGGAUGUCCGAAACUUCGCAAGUGCGGAAGUGUUCAAUGCAUGAAGAACAAGAGAAACAUGUUCAUUGAAAAAGACAUACCUUCGAUCUCUUUUAUUGAAGUUUGUUCAAGCUACGAACUCACAUGCAAGAUGCAAGGCAUAUAUAAAUUUUCGUUCUUAAAUCUAUUCCAAAUUGUUUUUAUUCUUAUUUAA